AUGAUGGUGGUGUAUUGUUGCUUGGUAUUUCUCCUGGUAGACCUUUUAAUUGGGGUUUCUAGUGCUGUGGUUCGAGCCCUGGUGGGGCUUGAGCUCGAGGCACCGUCCGAUGAACCUUAUCUUUCUACAUCACUCCAAGAUUUCUGGGGUAGGAGGUGGAACCUCAUUGUAACGAAUACACUGAGACACACCGUAUACAAGCCCCGUGCGAUCAUUCUCAGCGAUUUUCUUGGGCGACAACAGGGCCCCACUGCCGGCGGUGUUGGCGUCUUUUGUCGUGUCUGGUCUCAUGCACGAGCUUUUAUUCUUCUAUGUCACGCGUGGGAGUCCAUCUUGGGAAACGACGUCGUUUUUCGUCCUGCAAGGGUGUCCACCAGUUUUUGGUUGUUUUUUCCUCCUCUGGUGAAGAAUGGUGCAGAUGUGACAGUCAUUGAGGAGUUCAAAUUUUUUUUGGAGUGCAUGAAGAUGAAUUUGGAAUUUCCCAAACUUGUGGGCCAAUGA